CCAGGUGUCUGAUACACAUGCAUAUGUGCUCUUGCACACAGUCUAGGACACAUGCACAGAACCCAAGUGUCUGUGGCACACAGGCAAGUACCCUGACACAUUCUCUCACACACACACAACCCCAGUGUCUGACGCACACAUGCUCUUGCACACGCAUACACACGCCAUCACGCCCCCCCUGCAUUGCCAGUCGCGAAGAGGAAAUGAGCCUUCCAGCUGCCGCCAUGAGGCCCCUGCUCUUCCUGCUCCUGCUCCUGGCUCCAGUUCUGGCCCAGGAAGACGGUGUCACCAUGACCCCCUGGCUCACCCCCGACCCGGCCUUGGACACGGCCUUGGCCUCCAUGGGCCCCGGCUCCAACCCCACCAUGGCCACCCCCACGCAUAGCACUGCAGGAUCCAGGGCUGAUGAGACCACCCCAAGGCCCCGCAGUGAGGACCCGGGGGCCCAUGGCCCAACCAGACGCCCCCAGAAGCCUGAUGCCCCCCAACCACCACACCGGGACAAGAGGCCGCCAGGGUCCGACCAGAGCCAGAAGGAGGACGUGUUCACCUAUGAUUACAGUGCCCUGCGCCAGUGGGGGCUGAUUGCAGCUGCUGUGCUCUUUGUCACUGGCAUCCUCAUCCUCACCUGCGGGAAAUCCGGGAAGCGACUGCGAUGUCCCUGUGGAGGCAGGAGGAAGCGAAGGAACUACGACAUCUCCCAGGUCUGAGGUUGCUGCCCCCUGCCAGGAACCCAGGCGUCCGGGACGCUGACGCCCCCCCAGCAAAAACCUGGACCCCCGCCCCACACCCACCCCGGGCCGCCGGUCGCCCCCCGGUUUUGUAUGUGGAUGAAAAUAAAAAGCCUCUUGGGGA